AUGUCUACAGGCUCUAAGUCGGUUAUACCACCCAUCAAUUGUAUAUUUGGAUUUCUUCAGCAGCAAACUGUGGUUACUUUUUGGUUAUUUGAGCAAUUGGGUACCAGAAUAAGAGGUAAAAUUAGCGGGUUUGAUGAAUUUAUGAAUGUAGUUAUUGAGGAUGCUACAGAGAUUCCAGUGGAUCCUCAGACAGGUAAAGAACAUUUAGAUAGAGGGAAAAAGCUUGGGAAAAUUCUGUUGAAAGGGGACAAUAUAACUUUAAUCACUUCAGUGGAUCAAUAA